UUGUACAACCGAGAGAGAGAGAGAAAGAGAGAGAGAACAGCAGCUGAGUGUGCAAACAGAGGCAGAAACAUUAGGUUAUCUCCAGAUACUAUCAUCAGACACCAAGCUGUCACUUUUACCGCUCAGAGUCAAGUCCGCUCUCCUCCGAGAGGUCCCCCAGCAGCCACAGGAGCCGCCGCAGCAGCAAGCCGGAGCAGCAGCGCCCAGGUCCGGUUCGCUUUGCUCCAGCAGCCGCCCGUGAGAAAACUCCCCGAACGCGGUCGUCUCAGCUGGCAUGAGCUAACCUCCGAGUCCGACAUGGAAACCAAACCGUUCCUGUCAUUGGGGUUUUUGAAGCCCCAGUGCUCAUUGGCUCCCCCCAUGCAACGAGGUCGUUCGUCUGAGGCGUGUUCAUGUUUCAGCGGUGUUUGUCCCCUCCAUCAGCGUCGCCUAUCCUCAGAUUCUUCAGGACAGGUGACCUCCUCACCUUUAGGCUCUCCUACUUCCCAUCGUGGAAUGCAUCCCUCUUUGCUGAGCCCCACCUCCAUGGGACCCUCUGGCUCUCUCCAUUCUCCCAUCAGCACCCUGAGUUCACCAAUGAACGGCCUCACCUCACCCUUCUCAGUCAUUAGCUCACCCAUGGGGCCGCACUCCAUGAACUCACCUGGCAUGGGCUACGGCCCCAGCAUCAGCCCACAGAUGUUUCAGUUGAACUCUCCAAUGAACUCGGUCAGCAGCACGGAGGACAUUAAGCCCCCGCUGGGCCUCAAUGGCGUGAUGAAGGUGCCCGCUCAGCCCUCAGGCACGGCUCUGUCGCUCACCAAACACAUCUGCGCCAUCUGCGGCGACCGCUCCUCAGGAAAACACUAUGGUGUCUACAGUUGUGAAGGCUGCAAAGGUUUCUUCAAACGAACCGUUCGCAAGGACUUGACCUACACCUGCCGUGACAACAAGAACUGUGUUAUCGAUAAGCGCCAGAGGAACCGCUGUCAAUACUGCCGCUACCAGAAGUGCUUGGCCAUGGGCAUGAAGAGAGAAGUUUUGUUACAUGCAGCCGUCCAGGAGGAGCGCCAGAGAGCCAAGGACAAGAACGAGAACGAGGUGGAGUCCACCAGCUGCGUGAACGAGGACAUGCCCGUGGAGAAGAUCCUGGAGGCCGAGGAGGCGGUGGAGCCCAAAACCGAGACCUACAUCGAGACCAACCUGGGGAUGCCGUCCAACUCGCCCAACGACCCAGUGACAAAUAUCUGUCAGGCAGCAGACAAACAGCUUUUUACUCUGGUGGAGUGGGCCAAGAGGAUUCCCCACUUCUCGGAGCUGCCGCUGGACGACCAGGUCAUCCUGCUACGAGCAGGUUGGAAUGAACUCCUCAUUGCGUCAUUUUCGCACCGUUCCAUCGCAGUAAAGGACGGGAUUUUGUUGGCGACGGGGCUGCACGUGCAUCGCAACAGCGCCCAUAGUGCCGGAGUGGGAGCCAUCUUUGACAGGGUGCUCACAGAGCUGGUGUCAAAGAUGAGAGACAUGCAGAUGGAUAAGACUGAGCUGGGCUGCCUCCGAGCCAUCGUCCUUUUCAACCCAGACUCUAAAGGUUUGUCCAACCCAGGUGAGGUGGAAGCUCUGAGAGAGAAAGUCUACGCGUCUUUAGAGGCUUACUGCAAACAGAAAUACCCAGAGCAGCCAGGCAGGUUCGCUAAGCUGUUGCUACGGUUACCAGCGCUGCGCUCCAUCGGGCUCAAGUGUUUGGAGCACCUUUUCUUCUUCAAGCUGAUUGGCGACACACCUAUUGACACCUUCCUCAUGGAGAUGCUAGAAGCUCCUCAUCAAAUGACAUAAUAGGAGUGACCCCUCAUGACCCCCCGGACCCUCCUCCCACACUUAAUCUCCCAACAUGCAUCACCCCAGCUGCCUUGGAUCCAGAACAUCUACAAAAGGGCAGACUUAAAGAAUAAACAACAAAAAUGAACAUCUCCCUUCUUGCUUUUGUCCCUCAUCCAUCUUCUCUGUUCACCAUCUCUCUGAAGUGUUUCAAAAUGAGGAAUCCAUCAUGAAUAUGGGUCUCUUUUAUACCUUGUAAAAUUUAUAAAUAAGAAAAAAUAUCUAUAUAUAUAUAUAUAUAUAAAACACCAUCAACGUAAGUGACGGGACAGGACUGAAACGAGGACAUAAACAUACUGAGCCAUGGUUUUCGUCUUUGCUUGUCGGAUCCCCCUGAUGAGGAAACAGCAGAGACGAUCAGGUUUUCAACACCCACAGUGCUCAGCAAAACAGCGUCGAUGUCACAGGCAUUGUGAUCGGGACAAUCGCACAUUCUGUGGAACCUCUGGGAUGUUUAAUCUGGGAUCUGAGCCUGCUUUUGCUUUUUAGGACUGGACAGCUUGGGGGAAAAACAACAACAACAACAACGCAAAGGAACUUGUCUCUUCAAUCUGACUGAACAUGUCAGCUCUUGCACCAGGUGUUUAUUUUUUGGAAGAGUGAGCUUGCCAGCGUAGAACUCAGAAGUGGCUUAACAAGAGGGCAAGUUCUCACAAACCUCAGGUCUCUGGCCAAUUCCAACAGACCCAACCAUGUCUUACUGUACCAGCACUGAGCGGCGUUAGGGAAGGAUGUCUUAGCAGUCCACAAAUCAACCCUCAAGUACUCAGAAUGACUUGGAAAAUCUUGUUUAGUACAAUCUCUGUAACUCUCUGUGCCCGUAAACUGAUGUAAAUUAGCUUUAUGAGACUUGAGCGUCAUUGGAUGCUCCAGGAGGCCUCCAGCAGGUGCAGGGACAACAUGUCAACUUUUUUCAGACUUAAUUUUUUUUUUUUUUUUUUGCCUCACCACACAGUCCCACACAAGAGAAAAUGUCAUCAUUCUGUCAGACUCUGAGCUCCUCAUAGUCCUCUCUCUGCCUCACAUUUCAUGCUAACUUCUGCCAGGCAGACACACCUCCACGCUCAGAAAUCCCUCUGCUCGUUGCAGUAGGCAUCACUUCUUUCUUUCCAACACCUCAUAUCUACCUGUACUGAAAGCUACAACAGUAUUGACCUUAUUUUCAGAAAUGCACAAAUACCUCUGUUUCCAUUCACUCAUGUAGGAUUUAGAGAAUAUGGGAGGAGAGCUAGUUUGUCGUGGCAGAGCCAUUGUUUGUUUGUUUGUUACUUGGCACUUAACCUCAUGACAGUGUAAUUGGGUUUCUAGAUGGAGAGUGGAUGUUGAUGUGAUCGACCUCUGCGGUGGAGUUUGACACUCUCCCGUUCAAGAACGCCUCAGUACUUUUCCUCCUGAAAAGAACACACACACAUUCACUCUGUGCACUUCUCUGGACAACCAAGUGACAUUUAAGUUGAACUGAAAUGUUAAAGGUCUUUAUGUGUAAACGUGUUUUGUGUCCGCAUUCUUUUAUUGUUUUUUGCCCUUUCCUGCUUUUCUCUAAAUGCUGAAGCUGCUGCAAAACUAUGCAUAGUGUUCAUUUCCAAAGACUGUCUGCAGAGCGUCUUAACGAGAGUAAAUGUUUGGGAGGUGGAGGUCUCCAUUAUUCAGAAAUAGAUACUCACUUUAAUCUGGUUUAAUCACCUUCAGAUAAACUAAGUUGGUAGCGGAAACCAUUAGCUGAAAAGAUUAGCUUUAGCCAUUAGCGGCUCAGCAUAUUAGUUGAAAUCAUCUAAUGGUGCGUUCCAUUUGUGCUUGGAAGUCAAAUUUUCUAAAUUCCAAGUUGGAGGAAAUUAGCUAAACAUUUAUUUUUUCACUUAAAAAAUAAUUUGGCAUCACUUAUAACAAUGUACAAUGUUUGGCUUCACUGCUUGAAUGCCUGACACAGAAAUGAAUUAUUUUGGGGUUUUAUUGCUACUUGUAGCUAGGUUGGUCUUGUAUGGGGGAAAAAAUCCCACUGGUUUCUAACUUGCUACUACAGCAGUUAAGUUAGAAAUUACGUCAUAAUUAUUUGUGCCUAAGUUCUGGAUUCUAUGAAAAAUGGAGCAAAGCAUAAAUCGACUGGCUAAACUAGGAAUUACAAACAGUUUGCCUUAAAUGUUAGCUAAUGGGACACUUUAGUUCUACUUGAAAUGUAGAAUUUCUGAGUUUUUUUGCCGGAAAAACUCAGGAUUAUGCCCCGGAAACUGAGGUUUAUUACUAAUCCCAACCUAAAAAUUCAAUAUGGUUGUCGUUUAUGUAAAGAGAAGUAAUAACUCCUGUUGGAAAUUGAUUUUGUACUUUCUAAUGUAUUUUUUCUGUAACUUCUGCUGGUAUACCAUGCUUGACUGAUAGUUUGGUUUUCAAACUAGAGAAAGUUUGGUCUUUGAGCUGAAAAUGAUGAAAUCCCACUUAAUUUUUUUUAACUUGUAACUCUGAAUACAGUUGGGAGAAAUGUCUUUUUGUGUCCACUGUCCAAGUUCCUCAGUGGAUGUAGCAUCUACAAGUUAAAACUGUUUGCGAAAACAUUAGCUAAUAUAUAUUAUCUGAAAUGUUAGGUAAUAUGUUAGCUAAAACCCUGUUAUGUUUUUACUCUGGAUUCAAAGUUUCCAGAUUAGAAGUCGAAAAGCUUUAAGAGUCAGUUGGGUAGAUAGGGCUGAUCUAAUUCUUAUAUCCAUGAAAAUUUCACCUUUCAAGGUGAAUGGAAUGCACCAUAGAAAUUCUUGCAAACUAAAAAGCACCAAACAUAUUCACAUGACUCCUGAUUGUCCGGAAAUGGUCAAUGAGAACAAACCUAAGCAGUGACUGUUUUUAUCAACCUUUGGACUGAGACUUCAAAAGCAACACGAGCAAAUAAGUCUUGGGUUCUUGACAGCAAUCACUUUUCACCUCAUGGAUGCUAUUUCUAGCAUUUUGCAACGCACAAAAUAAUAGAAGUUGUCAUUUCACAGCAGAAUAAAAUUUUAACUAAAUCUAUUUCAAAACUUCCAAACAGUUCUAACGAUAGUAUGUUAACUAAUUGAUGUCUUCAUGGAACCUAAAUUAAAUUUUAGUUUGUUAAAAAUCAAAUAGCUUCUCAGUUUGGACCCCCCCACUGGAUAAGGGACCCAUAUACAUUUUUGCAUCUCCUCUGCUGGUAUUAAGUGGACUUUGGUUUUGGGGACUAUACUGGGCACCAUAUAUGACGCACAGCUGGCUCUGACAUGAAUUCUUAGAAAAUUGGUCUGAAUUGAUUAUCACAUCUUGUCCCUACAUAAAGCCUAUGCAGGCAUUUGACAUGGGGUUGUUAUGUAACCCAGUGACAAUCCGAUUUGGGGCCCAUUUUCCAGCUCAUUACUUACCCAUGUGGGCCCCAUAUAUAGAAGCUGGCUGGAACAGCUCGCCAAUAUUCCCUGUUCCCUCUUUACUGCCCAGAACGUAUAAUGUGAAAAGUAAAAUAUAGAAGAAAUGAGUACAAAAGAAAAGAAAAGAAAAAAAAAACAGAACUCUAUGAGCUGAAGGCUGUCGGAUAUUGACUGCUUUCAUUGCUCCCUUUCUCUUAUGUUUUACUAGCUUUCCUUCUCAUAUAAUUACAUAUUUAAGCACUAUGAAAUUUCCAUACUUUUCCAGUAGCCUCACAGAGACUCCACAGAGAAUUUAUACAUAAAUCACCAACGGUAGAAUGUGCUUAAAUCAGUUUGGGUUUGUUUUUUUUGUUUGUUUGUUUCCUCACUAUUUCGGGUUGGAUGUUGCUCCAUCUUGUGAAAUUGUUUCCAGUUAUUCCUUCUGUUGAAAAGCCAGCUCGGAAAUGUCAGAUGUGAUAGAAAUGAAAUGUGCUGGAUGGAUUUACCUCGAGUCGAAGUAAAAAAGUGUGGCGAUUUGUGUGCCGUGCGCUCCCUCUGGUGGAUGAGAAGCAGCGCUGCAGCGUUACUUGAAAUUGUUUUCUAGAAGUAUUUAAAUGGACAAACAGAAGGCACUUUGUCACAGCUUUCUAAUUGUCACAGAUGCUCUGCGCCGAACAGAAAAGUAGCAAUGAGAAAGUAGCAAUAACUUCAGUUUAACCCAUCAGCGUGAUGUUUAUUGCUAAGAUGAACUUAAGCACGGUGGUUUGUGUUUGUGCAACCUAUCCAGGUGACAGUAUUACCUGCCAGCUUGGGCUCAGUUUACAGUAUUUAUAUUCUGGGAAAACAUGUUGGUUUUCCUGAUGCAGAAUAUGCUCUGUGUUAUGUAGAUUUUUCUUAUUUGAAUCAAGAAAAACUCAUUUCAAACCGUCAAAGAUUUGUUUCCCAAAUAUAAAAAAAAUAUAUAUAUAUGAACAUCCUCUUCAUUACUGGCUGAUUGGAAACAAUCGUGCAAAAGCCAUAUAAAGUGUGUGACGUGCAAAAAGUUCAUGCCCCCUGCAGGAAAUUGAUAGAUGUGGGAAACGAUGAGGAAAUAAUUGUCCACAUAGAAUGAAAACCUAAACGGAUGCUUUAUAACAUAAAGCUAUAUUUUGUUAAUAUGUAUAUUUGUAUAUAUUUAUAAAUAUAUAUCAGCAGAUCUGCUCAUUGAAUAUUCCAAAACUGAAAAUGAAAAAAAUAAAUAAAUAAAAGUCUGAAUUUUCCUAAACUGUGGGAGUUUAAAGGUGUUUUUAUUAUCACAAAUACAGGUGGGGAGGGUUGGAUUGUAACUUUUAUUAAAAACAAAAUAAAAUUUUAAAAAAAAAACACAAUAAUCCACCAGCAGAAGCGCAGCAGCUCUGAACUCAAAAGAAACCAGCUUAAGCCGUUUUCUGUGACCUCAAAAAAUCAGGAGAGGCAAAAAUGAAAAAAAAAAAUCAAUUUCAACUCUCCUAAAUGUAUAUGUUGCUUAGCAAAUGUAUGUUGAAAACAUGUAAUCAGGAAAAGCUGAGCUUGUGACACAAUCACUGCUUUGUUUGUUGCAUAAACGGUUAAAUGUUCUAGUUUAUAAAAAAAAAGAAAAAAAAAAUCACUUGGGAAAAAGAUCUAUUUUUGUACAAAGGUAAUUUUAUCCCCUGCUUAUUUACUGUUCUUUUCCUUCUCUGUGGCUGUUUUGUGGAAAAGCUUCCUCAGCUUCAGACUGAAAGUGUAAUUUUUUUGUGGGGAGUGGGAGGGAAGGAUUGUCCGCUUUGGCACUUUGGUAACUGUGUCGCCUUUUAUUUUGCCAUUUUCAACUUGUCACUGCAAGAUGGGAACAUCUCUGAUGGUUAUAUUUUUAUUUUUCUGUUUUUAAGAAGACAAAAGGUUGUCUUUUUUUGUUGUUUUUUUGUCAUACGUUUGUGGAUUGUUCUGAUGUUCUCUCAUGAAAAGAAACAAAAAGUUAUUAAAAAAAACUUUAAACUGA